CUGACAGUUGCACGGCGCUUCCGGCCGGCCGCGGGCCACAGGUCAGCCUGACCGGUCAGGGGCAGCAGCGCCUGGGUGCUCGACCCCAAGGCCACCCCUGCCCCUGCUCCCGGUCACUCCAGUCCUGCAGCAUGAGCGACCAUGAGCCACCCAGUGAGACCCCUGGGCCUGACGCUCCCACCUGGCCGACUCAGCCCACCUACAGCAACCUCGGUGAGGUCCGCGCCCAACUGCUGCCCUCCAAGGCCUGCCGCCCCCGGACAUCUGGGCCCCUCUCGACUGACUCGCAGCCCCUGCCCCCACCCCUGCCCAAGAAGACCCUGGCCAGGACCCAGUCCCUGCCCACCCACAGGGUGCCCAGCUAUAGCCCUGCUCCCGCAGGGCAGCCUCGGAGGCCCCUUCUGGGGUCCCACAGUGUGGAUGAAAGCCAGGCAGGCAACGGCCAAGCUUGGGCCGCCGGUCCCCCUGCGGAGCUGCACUUCCGCGGCCUGCUGGGCCUCGCCUUGCACGACCUGCAUUGCCCCGAGGCCGUGAGCACCAUGCUGGAGGCCCGGCAGCUGGAGGGCCUGCGCACCGUGCACGCCCGGCUCCAGGCCCGGCUGCUGGGGGGCCGUCCAGGCCCCUGCCACCCAGGCCAUGGCUUCCGCCUCCUGGACAGCUCGCCGUGCACGGAGAGUGGGGAUGCCUUGUACUACCGCCUGGUGCGGGUGGGCGACGAGGCGUGGCACAUGCUGGCUGCCAAGGUGCCCAAGCCGGGAGCAGAGGAGCCCCACCCGUGGGGCCUGGAGCUGCAGGCCUCGCUGGCCCCACACUUCAACCUCCAGGAGCUGUGUGGCCUGGUGCCCGAGGGCGCGCUGCCGGAUGUGCCCUGGAGAGGCCCCGUGGUGCUGGCAGCUGAGGUGCCCGAGCGCACGGUGAGCCAGUGGCUGUCAGAGGCGGGCAGGCGGCCGCGGCAUGCGGAGUUCCCCCGGCUGGUGGCCCUGCUGCUGCUGCAGCUGAGCUCAGCCCUGGAGCACCUGGAGGCGUGGGGCGCGGUGCUGGCAGAGCUCCGGCCUGAGAACCUGCUGCUGGCGGCACCACGGGGCUGUGCAGCGGCAGGGCCCCCACGCCUGCUGCUGGCCGACUUUGGCCGCGUCCACCCACGGCCCGCGGGUCCGCCGGGCGGCCACGCGCGGCAGCUGAGCCGCCUGCUCCGCGUCCUGCUCGGCCCUGCUGCGCCCUCGGCCACGCCCUUGGCGGCCGGCCUGGAGACCCUGGCGGCCCAGCUGGCCCGCUCGAGACCCUCGGCGGCCCAGACGCGGGGUGCACUGCAGGCGCUGCUCUGGGGGCCGGGGCCUGAGCUGCUCCGCCAGGGAGCCCCGCUAGGGCCCUGGCUGCAGGUGCGCCGCGCGCUGCUGGUCCUGCACCUGGCCGAGCGGGCCGCGGCUGGGGAGGCGCUGGGCCUGGAGGACUGGCUGUGCUGCGAAUACCUGGCUGAGGCCACGGAGGCCUCCCUGGGCCACGCCCUGGCACUGUUGUGGGACUGAUGUCUUCCAAGGGCCUCGCCGAGAGGUAGGCACCCUUCCCGGGACUGGGGCUAGAAGGCCAGUGGAGAUUGCCCGCAUGAUAGAGGGGACACCCUCUUCCAGAAAGAGUGCAGGACUGUGGCCACCUCCUCUCCAAUGCCCGCCCCUUCCACGCUGGGGACUUAGGCCCAAGUCCUCCCCAGGAAGGCCGGGGGCUGGGGGCUAAUGGCCGGUGCCUCCUGAGGCUUUCUGACGCCAGGACGGCCCACCCCUCUUCCAGGGGUGGGCACUCCCCGUUGGCCAAGGUCUGUGUGGGGGUGCAGCCCCUCCCCCCACCUUCCAGCAGAAGCGAGGCUGCCCUUCCGGUGCUCGAGUCUGAGGGUCACGGCCUCGGUGAGAAGGUGGACACUGUCCUCCGUGAUGGUAGCAGAGCCAUCUCUGGCCCCGGAGCACCCCCUCGUGCUGAGGGUGGCCAGUGACUCUUCGUACGAAUGUACUCGUCUAGACCCGCUUGGGUCUCCAGGGGGGAGGGAAGCUCCUAGAACCUGAGACACCCAGCCCACCCAGCACAGCCCGCCCCAGAGGAGCCUGGACUCACCUGCCCAAGCGUCCCCACGGCGUCCUGUGCCUUCUACCUGCCCCACUCUCUCCACCCACCCUGGCCUCCGCGCUCUUCCUCCGUGAAAUUCAAUUCCAUCCGGCCGCCACGCUUCUGCAUGGGCCACUCCCUCUGCCAGACUGCCUGAAUCUCACCUCCUCUAAGCAAAUAAAGUUGCCCCUCCUGGGCCCACUGUCGCUCCUCCCCGUCCCUCCCCGCUCGCUCCCCUACCAGAGCACCCAUCACCACCCAGAAGUAUAUAUCUCACGGCCUGCCAUAUGGCCACCUCACCCACCAGGCUGCGAGUUCCCUGAGGGCAGAAGCCAGGCUUAACACACAGUAGGUGUUUAAUCACAUAGGAUGAUGGAAUAAACUGGCAAGAAAGACUCGUCAGGGAACCUAAGGGAGAAGGUCUCAGUUCACACCUCUGAAAAAAUGGACACACAAGCCCUGAGAGGCCCCACUGCCCUUGCCUCUGGGGCCUCCAGUCAUGCCCCCUCACUUCCCCUCCCCCAUCAUGGCUAACCUGGAGGUUCCUCUCCUGCUCAAGCAUCUCCCAUGGCUCCUUAGUACCCUCAGAAUACAGUAGGGCUCCUCCAACAGCUCCACAGCUCUCUGGCCAACCCU